GGUGCGGUCUGCGAGUCAGUUCGCGUUUCACGCCGGAAGAGGAAGCAGUGCGCCGUGACGUCGUCCUAUGGACAUCCUGAACUGGUAGAGACGGCAUGGAAAUCGGAAACCGUGAACAUUGAAACACUUCACAGCUAAUAAAGAGGUCGAAGAGCAAACGUUCAGUCAAUGCCUACACGAAGACGUCAAAAAAGCACGUGUCCCAAGUCGCCGGCAACAACGAAUCCGCUGCACUGACGAACCGUUUCAAUCGCGAAAUACGUUCGCACCGCAGACCACCAGAGACCCCCCACAAAUAAUACUAGACGAUCGCGUCCGACAUGAAAAAUUCAUCGGCAGGUCAUUAAAGGCCACUUAUCAAUUUAGCGAGCGUUAUCAGCGGAUCUCGCGAGGCAUUUUCGACUUCGAGGGGGUUGGAAGUCGCCGGUAGGCCGGAAAUCUGGGGUCACGGAGGGGGGGCUUCUCGCACACAUGGCUGGCAUUGUGCGAGGUCGGGCGCAAGGGGAGCCAAUAUGGGUUCUGUGUCAAUAGCGUUAAUAGUGGGAGGGGAUUGCGGCACAGAUCGAAAAGCGGUGCGUGUAACGGGGGUGGCCUUAACUCUGAAUCAAGGGGCAGCUGAUAGAAGCGAAAGCUCCCCUGGAUGGCUGUAGCCACGGGAGGCUUUCCACAGGGCGAGAACAAGAAACCGAAGGCGAGAAAGAGGAUAGAGGAAAGAGAGAGAGAACCAAGGGUGAACCAACCCCCUCCACCUCCGCCAGUAGGCUCUGUCCGCGUGGUACGGUCAUAACCUGGUGAAAGUUUGCCGGGGUGCCCCUUUUUGGCACGCGUAGAACCCCUGCGUACCGAGGACAGUUAAAAUCGUCACAGGGACAGGGAUCGUUUCAUUUCUUUGCAAGUCGUCUCCGAUGCCUGGCGGAGCUCUCUCCGCUUUCGACAACCUCGGGACGACCUACGGAAAGUCUUACAGGAUUCACAUCGUGUUCGGUGCUUGGUGAUACGUGACCGAGUGGGACAAAGUGGAAAAAAGUGAAUCAUAGUGAUACAAUCUCGCUUCGCGGCCCAUGACUUGGUUCGCAGGUGACGAAGAAUCCCGCGAACAACGCGGCUAGUAUCGAAGAACGGUUGUGAUAAGAGUGUGUUGUGAUUGUGGAAGUUACGAUGAUUAGUCCCACAUAUUUUGCCGGUAACGAGCUCGAUUACUGGCCACAUCAAUCUGAGGUUACACGACAAUUCUCGGAACAGGUUAUGUACCCGAAUAAUGAUUAUCAAACCUAUCAGCAGCUGCAACCCAUCCAAGAUUACAGCCAGCAAGCGGUGCAGGAUUUUGUACCCCGCUCAAACUUCCUGGAGACGCUUUUGCGUCAAGGAAAGAACGCCGAUAAUUUGAACACGAAUACCGCCGAGAUACCGAUGACACCACCAAAUGGAUACAUUUUGCAUACGCCGCCGUACACGCCGCCGUACACGCCGCCGUACACGCCGACGUACACGCCGCCGUACACGCCGACGUACACGCCGACGUCAUCGGCGAAUAACAUGUCCCCUGUCGGAGAAUAUUUCGACGUACAAAAUCGCCCGUUAGACGCAAAUACAUAUCAACCCGACGAUCAAGCGUACCCUGCACAGCAGCCUCAUCCCGGUGCGGCCGCAUCUUCAACUUCACCACAUGGUACAUUGCAGCAGGCCAUACCCAGCCAAUAUCCUACAUACGUCAAUGAGAAUAAUAAUGAGAACCAGAGUCCUGCGGAGGUCAAUGAGACAGAGGAACAGCGGCAGGUCGAUUACCCCUGGAUGAAGUCUAAUGGCGAGGCGACCGGAACCGCAAUUAAACGGACGAGGCAGACUUACACCCGGUUCCAAACUUUGGAGCUGGAAAAAGAGUUUCACUAUAAUCGGUACCUGACUAGGAAACGCCGAAUCGAGAUCGCUGAGGCCCUGUGUCUAUCCGAACGCCAGAUAAAGAUCUGGUUCCAAAAUCGUCGUAUGAAGGCAAAGAAGGACGCGAAAUUAAGGUACAAUGAAAUGGCCGACAACGAAGAACCUUCGUCACCUAAUCAAAAUGGCACGCUGGCCGAUGGCCAUUUUGCCAACGGGACGACGACCGCUCUGGCAACAACAACGAUUCAGAUAGGUCAGCCAUCAGUGGUCCAACACGAUGCAACUUCCAAUUUACAAAAUUAUCAGCGCUUUCCGGAAGCAUACCCUCCUUACAAUCAGCAAUUUCCGCUUAUGUACAACAUCCAGGCUUACUAUCCGAAACCGAGCUACAUAAACGAACUAUUCAAAAUUGAGCCUCAUGGAAAUUCAUAAAGAGACUAUUAUUUUGAUUCAUUGUUCGUCUUAAUUUCGAUGUAAAUAGCGGACCAAGGUCGAUCGCGAAAGACUGAUUAGUGUAGGGGCGGCUGUAUUUUCAGGAUUAAUGACUAAACAAGGAAUCCUCAUGCAAAGUGAAAAUCGCUUGCAUUGAUUAAUUUAUUGAGACAGCACUAAUUCAACGUUGCACAAAGAUUUGUCGAUAAUUACUUUUAUUGGUAUUGACAAAUCGUGAAAGAUACGAUAGUAUAAAUUUUUCUAAAUUUCUCGAUACCGUGAUUUGAUAACUUAUAUUUUGAUACGCAUAUUUGACUUUAUCAUAAGCGCAUAAAGAUUCAGGCUAUGCCUAAUGGCGUAGAUUCAUUAACGGAAGAACAAAUUGUACGGCUGAUAUAUUAAAAUCGGAAAGAGCAGUUUAGAGUCGCGGUAUCUCUCCAGCGUCUGUCAGACAAGGGAAAUCGUUACAACUUAAUUUGAUGACUCCAAAGAUAUCUCACAACAUUCCCAGAACAUAAUUGUGCUGUAUGGGUCACGCAACGUGAUUACGGAGAUCAGUGCGGUCUGAUAAAUCCCGCGAAUCAUACAUUUACAGGGUUAGAUAGAGGCUUCCACCAUAUAUAAUAAUAUCAAUUAUUAAUUUUCUGAUUUCGCGGCGGAAUCUGUUUUUUGUAGCUAUCGGCUCUGAUCUGCUUCGGAAACAUCGUAAAAUUGGAAUGUAGACGAGCAUUCGCGUUCUGAUAAUUAGGACGGUAAAUUUAAACACCGAGGAUCUUAUGGGAAUAGGGAUCUUAGUAGGGGCGUUCGAGCGAGGACAAUUACAAUGAGGGAAUGCUGUACCCUCGAAGAAGUACGAAUUGUUGCUCGAUGCUCAGACGAUCCCGGAUUAUGUGUAAUUAGCACGCCGGAGUCGUUAUCUCUUGCAAACCUCUCGGAAACAAUGAUUGACCACUUUGCCUUCGAAUGAAAAUUACCAACCGUAAUUCAUCACUCGAUAAUAAAUUAAUAACCCAUAAAUUAGCUGACGGUUGGUAAGAAUGAUUGUAAAUUUAACGUGAUUCUAUAAAAAUUACAAGACUGAAUUUACUCAGGGCUUUCGCCAUUUUAUUGGGUUGUUUGGAAAGUUGUUUCGUUUUCCGUAAAGAUUUCACUUCAUUCAGUAUUCUUCCAAAUGUAAAACAAUAAGAUUUCAAAGCUACCGAAAAAAAGAAAAAGAAUGUCGA